CAAAGCUGCAUAUCUUCCGAGGGCGUCAACAGUGUGAGGGAUCAAGUUUUGGUUAGCGUUCCACUGGCGACUAAGGGAUCAUGGCUGAUCGAGGGUCCGUAGACGGAGAUUCUGCGGGUACGAUGCCCAAAAUCACUAAACUUCUACCGCUGCUGGCGAUAUUGGUCCCGAUGGUCGUGCACUUCGUCCUCGUGUGCUUUGUUUUGCUUGAUAGCUGGCUGCCCGUCACGUUUUUAUUCUCCCACUUUUUCCUGUUUUUGACGGGAGCCUGGACGGUGCACCACCGAGACACACUCCUCCCUAUCAUUAUGUACAUUGUGGUAGUGGCUAUAACUGUGCUUAUGGACAUCAUCCAACUCGGACUCUAUUUUGAAGACAACCAGGAUUUACAUGGUGGUGGGGAGACACAGGAAGCUAGGACCUGGCAGUUUUCUGCAGGAAUGAUGAUCCUUUCGCUCCUGUUGAAGCCGCUCACUAUUGCACUGGCUGUUGUCGCUGCCUAUCUCAAGUCUGGAGCCUCCCUUCCUUUCCUUGGGACCGGGAGACGUGAUGCAUAUGAUGACGUGGACCAACACCAUUCUCCCCCAACUUAGGAUAUUUCCCUCAUUUAUAUAUACAUACACACGUAAUUAUUCUUUAUACGCAUGCGCACUUCAGAAUCAACACACCGCAUAUUAUAGCGCGGCGGUAAGACGGAGAGCUGAGAGGCCAAUCAUGUCUUUGGAAGAGAGGCUGGGGCCUACGCUGACGAACCUGCUACCAACUGCCCCUAUCCUGAUAUCACUGGCGGGCCACUUCAUACUAGUCAACUUUGCCAUGCUGGCAACAAUGACUGCAACUUCUGACGACGAGACAGGUUACAGCAACGGCAUCUGGCUCCCCCUCACCUACAUAUUCUACAACAUCAUCUUCUUCCAACUUGGCAUCUGGACACUCCAGAAGAAAAAUGAAGUUCUUCCUGUUGCUGUGUUCAUUGUGGCAGUGGUGGUGAGUACAAUCAGUGAUGUCAUCAUGCUAGCGGCCAACUAUUCCAAUGCCAUUGACUAUGUCGACCCCAUGGACAACGGGUUUGAGCAUAUUUGGAUGUUUUCAUCUGUUAUGAUGAUACUCAACCUUGUUGGAAAGCCUUUCACCAUUGCCCUGUCCUGUGUCUCCAUCUUUUUCCGCAUCAGAACUGGCUUCUCCACUGGUGAUGGUGAAACGAAUCCUGGUGCAUACGACAGUUUGCCCGGACACACAGGAGACUAA